AUGCAGAGGGUGUUUGGACAAGAAAAUGCAGAUCAGGGCAUAGCCUUUUUCAUCAACUCUGAUAGCAACAUGUGCAUGCCUCAGAAGAUAAGUGACUGUGCUACUGGAGUUCAUCCAAUCCUUCAGGAUAUUUGGAGGUGUGGGAGUUGUUAUUAUGAGCUAUAUACUGCAUGUAAAGCUCAGGUGAGGGGGCAGCCUUCACCUGAGGAUGUAUUCAACAUUUUCUUUGUUGCUGAUGUCAGAACAUGUUACUUGCUGCCAAAUACCAAGAAGGAGAAUGAGGCGGAUGACUCUUUUCGACCCAUCGUCCUUUCUGUGGUGCUUUUUGUCAACCUCGCUCAGCCCUAG